UGGCGAGGAAACACAACACAGAGGAGGCGCUCCGGUGAAGUUGUGUCCCCGCGUCGGAGGCGAGUUUCGUGCGCACGGAGGAGACCGCAAACACGGCGCAGAGCUGGAUCGUACACCCGCUGGUUGUGUGGAAGUAUCGGUGCUGUGAACGGAGAGCUCAGAGCUGCACGACAUGAAAUCUCUGUCGAGUCGAGACGAUUAGAGUUAAAAAGUUUCCGCUGCUGGCAGAGAAGAGGCAGUUUUUUUGUCUUUUCAACUGGACCAUUGUGCUCAGGUAGCUGCUCUUUCAAUGUGGGAUACAGUUUUGGUGCUUUUGCCAGGCUGAAAUCCUCCAAGGUCAGGACCUCCCUCAUGGCAGCCGUGCUCCUCGGGCUGCUGCUUUUUGCAAUGCAGUCUCCCCCCAUCCCCUCCAGGCCCGUGGCUGACGAGGGGCCACCUUCACCUCCCACCUGGUCGCCCACUGACAACGGGACCACCAGCCACCCAAACGGGACCCUCCAACAGCUUCCUCAGAUUCUAAUCAUUGGCGUGAGGAAGGGGGGGACGCGGGCGCUGAUAGAGAUGCUCAGCUUGCACAGUGCGGUGGCGGCGGCGCAGAACGAGGUGCACUUCUUCGACUGGGAGAGUCACUUUCAGAAGGGCUUGCCUUGGUAUCUCAGCCAGAUGCCCUACGCCUUCCCCGAUCAGCUGACAGUGGAGAAGACGCCAGCCUACUUCACCUCCAGCAAAGUCCCCAAACGCAUCCAUCAGAUGAACCCUCACAUCAAGCUGCUGCUCAUCCUCAGAGACCCCACGGAGCGGGUGCUGUCAGACUACACCCAGGUCUUUUACAACCGCCUCCAGAAGCACAAGCGCUACCAGCCCAUCGAGUCCGUUCUGGUGAAGGACGGCGAGAUCAACCUGGGAUACAAGGCUCUCAAUCGCAGCCUGUACUAUGUUCACAUGCAGAACUGGCUGCAGUACUUUCCACUGGAGAGCAUUCACGUGGUGGACGGGGACGAGUUGAUCAGGGACCCGUUCCCCGAGAUGAAAAAGGUGGAGAGAUUCCUAAAGCUGGAACCUCAGAUAAACGCUUCAAAUUUUUACUUCAAUAAAACGAAAGGAUUCUACUGUUUGAGAGACCAUGGGCGAGAACGCUGUUUACAUGAUUCAAAAGGCAGGGCUCACCCUCACGUGGCGCCCGCCAUCCUGCAGAAACUCUACCAGUUCUUUCACGAACCCAACAAGAAGUUCUUUGAGCUGGUGGGCCGAACGUUCAACUGGAAAUGAACGUGUGGGUCUCAGUAGUUUGGAGUAGAGCUGCUCGGGGAUGAGCUGUCCUGUUUCCCUCACUAACAAUGUAGAUAAAGAGGCAAAGCUAAUGUAAAAUUAAACUAAAUCUAUUUUUGUACUAGUAAGUUUUGUUACAGGAGUAUGAUCGAGCCAAAUAUCAGGGCAGGCUGCAGUCCAUGACAUGCUCUGUUAGUGCACGUCUUAUUUCUUUCCAUUGUCCAACUUAUGCAUUUUACUGUCUUUCUGUACUGCUCACUACUGUUCAACUCGUCCAAUCAAAGACUAAUAAUGACAUCCAGACUUUAGACUGUGGCAGUUAAUGUGUUACAUAAAGAUAAGUACCAAGCAGUUUAGUAUUGUCAUACCUUUAUGUUUCGCCUCAUAUAAUAUGACAUUAUUAACGUCUAACUGCAUUUAGAGCUCUGAAGGACCUUUACCUGCUGCUAUGAUUUCCUCAGUCACUUUAAGGCACGAGCCAUUUUUUUUUGUUUGUUACUCAAAAUGUUUCUCUAUGUAAGAGUCAGAUAUAUAAAUGCUCUGCGCGCAUAAAAUAUUUGCCGAUCAUUAAGGUGUACUGUAAACAGACUUUUUCAAGAAGUGAAGAAUUAAUACCAUAAUAAAAAAUGUAUUUUAUUUUUA